AUGGCAGUUCCAAAAGCUCACUACUCUCUAGCCAUCCUUGUCAUUCUCUUUGUCGUUUCAAAUUGCCAAAAUGCCUGCAAUCCAGAAUGCAAGGCUAAAGAACCCUUCAACUGCGAUAAUUCUCUUACCUUCAACCGAACUGGAUUUCCAAAGAACUUUACUUUCGGUGCAGCUACUUCCGCGUACCAGAUUGAGGGUGCUGCACAUAGAGCCCUUAAUGGAUGGGACUACUACACUCAUAGAUAUCCAGAAAGGGUUCCAGAUCGCAGCUCCGGAGACGUUGCUUGUGAUUCGUAUGAUCUUUACAAGGAGGAUGUCAAAUUACUGAAAAGAUUGAAAGUUCAAGCAUACCGACUCUCCAUAGCCUGGUCAAGGGUCUUACCAAAGGGAAGACUGACUGGAGGAGUGGACGAGAACGGGAUAGCAUACUACAACAAUCUCAUUAACGAGUUAAAAGCUAAUGGCAUAGAGCCAUUUGUGACUAUAUUUCAUUGGGAUGUUCCCCAAACUCUAGAAGACGAGUACGGAGGCUUCUUAAGCCCGCGUAUAGUAGAGGACUUCAAGAACUAUGCGGAGCUUCUAUUCCAAAGAUUCGGAGACAGAGUCAAGUUUUGGAUCACUCUAAACCAGCCUUACUCUCUCUCAUCCAAAGGUUAUGGAGAUGGAUCAUAUCCACCGGGAAGGUGCACUGGCUGUGAAUUUGGAGGUGAUUCUGGAACCGAACCUUAUAUAGUCACGCAUCACCAACUUCUAGCCCAUGCAGAAGCUGUAUCUUUAUACCGAAAAAGAUAUCAGAAAUUUCAAGGUGGUAAGAUAGGAACGACCUUGAUCGGGAGAUGGUUUGCCCCGCUAAACGAAACUAGCGAUCUCGACCAGGCUGCUGCAAGACGAGCAUUCCAAUUCUUCGUUGGAUGGUACGUAUAUAUAUUCUCAAUGAAUUGACUCUCAAGACGCACACAUAUGUAGCAACUUAAAGCCUCUGUCACGAUCAUAUAGACUUUUAAAAAUAUUGCAUCACUAAGUUACAAAAUUUCUUCUUGCAUAUAUGAAGGUUCUUGGAUCCAUUGGUGUACGGAGAAUAUCCAACGAUAAUGAGAGAACUCGUUGGAGACAGAUUGCCAAAAUUCACACCGCAAGAAUCAGAUUUAGUUAAGGGAUCACUUGAUUUUCUAGGGCUGAACUAUUAUGUUACACAAUAUGCAAGCGACGCAUCUCCUCCUCCUCAGACACACCCUAGCGUCUUAACCGAUCCACGAGUUACUCUUGGAUGUAUGUGAAACCUUUUUCGUAUUUAGUUUUAUACAUAUGUUUCGGUUCAUAGAUCAAUCAUUAUUCUCUUAUUGUGUUUCAGAUUAUCGCAAUGGAGUACCUAUCGGUGUUGAGGCUAGUAUCGUUUUUAAUUCGGAAUAACAUGUUUAUAUAUAUAUGUAUCUACUUUAAGAGAUUACCACAUUUAUAUAGUAACUAAUGAGUCUCUCCUUUUUUGCUUUUUUCUUCUCCAGUCUCCAAGCUUUGUCUACUAUCCUCCAGGGUUCCGUCAGAUUCUAAAUCAUAUCAAAGACAACUACCAAAACCCACUUACCUACAUCACCGAAAACGGUAUCUACAUACAUACCAAUAUAAACAUGCUUAACCAUGAGAAUCCUACGUACGUGUUCUUAUUAUAUAAUCUUUGUGUUAAAAUUUCAGGAGUUGCUGAUUAUGGAAACUUAACGGUAGCAAAUGCUCUUGCCGAUAACGGAAGAAUUCAAAAUCAUUGCAGCCAUCUUUCAUGUCUCAAAUGCUCCAUCGAGUGAGUUACAAUUAUUCCUUCUUUAUCAUAUAUAUACAUACUAUAUAUAUCUUGAUACGCUAAAAUUAUUUAAACAUAUUACAGGGAUGGUUGCAAUGUAGCAGGUUAUUUUGCUUGGUCAUUGAUGGACAAUUAUGAAUUUGGAAAUGGUUACACUCUCCGGUUUGGUAUGAAUUGGGUCAAUUUCACUAAUCCUGCUGAUCGAAGAGAAAAAGAUUCUGGGAAAUGGUAUUCUAGGUUCGUCGCAAAAUAAGGGGAAUUGAUAGACAAAUAUCAACCCCAUAUGUAUCCAACCUUUAAUCCAUUAAGUACUGGACAAUAUAAAUUAUUUUCUUCAACUUAUAAAAGCUUAUGUGCUGUGUAUUGUUAAUAAUGUUGUAAUAAUUGGACCUUAACUCUUGGCCAAAUCAUAAAUAAAUAAAAACAUUUAUAUGACGUGCUUUGUACUUAUAGCUUGUACUUUGUUUUAUUUACCUUUCCCAAGCAUAACAUCUCAUCAUCUACGACAUGCUCUCUUUUUGUUUUGGUAAAAAUUACGACACGUUCUUAUUUAAUCAUUACCACAUUUUUUAAUAAAAUAUCCAAACCAAGGAUAUAAUGUCUAAUUUAAGUGCCAAAUCAUAUUAUUUUGUGUUAUUUUACUCCUCUCGUUUAUUUUCAAUUUUUAGAAAAUAUUAUUUUACCCGACCACAGAAACGACGUCACGCAUAGCUUCUCCAUUAUUUCCAGACAUGAAAUAUGGAGGUUAAAACAGUGUGCCAAAAGUUUGUCAUGCUAGUAAAAUUAAUUGAUUGUAUAAGUUGCAUCCGUCCCGAAAUACUAACGGCUUGUAAUUUUAUUCAUGCUUCUUAUUGUAAUUGGGAGUCCUAAAUAUCGCGGGAGUUAGUCAAUAAGAAUUUCAAAUGAGGUUGAUAUUUCUGGCAUGAAGAUCAUUAUGUGUCUAAGUUCAAAAAAAAUGAUCAUUAUGUGUCUUCCCAGCCAUGUGUAUACAAAAAUUGUUCAUGCUUAUGGCUAAAAACCUCAAGCAUUUGUGAAGAAACAUUUUCAAAGAGAAGACGACAUCCUUCUAUGAAACAGUCUAAUUGAUUAAAACUUUCAUUUAUAUAUAUGUGUAUAUAUAAAUGUUUUUAUAGAUUUCAGCCUACCAAAUUAAUGAACUUUCAUUUCACCUAUUCAAACUAAUACAUAUAUAUUAUAUGUGGUAUAUCAUAUGAGAAUUUAUUAUAACAUAUAUUGUGCAAAUUAUUCUUAUAGCACAUAAGUAUAAAUAAUAAGUAAAAUUAUCUAAAAUUUAAUGAAAAAUAAUUAUACGUGAUAUUCAGAUUUAAACCUAUUUUGAAUACAAUUCUAUUAUUAGCUCAUAUCAAAUCAAUAAUUUACUCAAUUAUAAAUCAUUUGACUGCUAUGUAUAUGCAAAAACAAUAGUUUAUAGAUGAUUAAAUAACCUGAUCAUAUUUUUUUUCCUAUUGCAAAUGUAUACCCUUGAUCGAUGAUUAAAAUAUAUGGUGCAAAAUUUUGAAAUUUUCUUUCAAAAUAAUCAAAAAUAAGCUUACAUUUGAAUUCACUAAUUCCUAUUGAAACUUACUUUUAAAACAAAACUAACUUCAACAUAAUACAAGCAAUAAAUUUGGUUUAGAUAUUUAUUUACUAUAAAACGAGAAUAUCAUGCUCGUAGAUGUUAUAAUAAUAGUUAAUCGUGUUCUUAACCAUAAGAAUCCUACGUGUUCUUAUUAUAUAAUCUGUGUUUAAAAUUUACUGAAAAAAUGUGCAAGUCAAAAGACCAAGGGGGUCUCGGUUUUAAAGACCUGGAAAAGUUCAAUCAAUCACUGCUGGCCAAACAAGCCUGGCGUGUCAUGAACAACCCGAACUCUCUGUUGGCUCAGGUUCUCAAGCAACGCUAUUUCAGUAAUAGGUCGUUCAUGGAGGCAAGGGUAGGAGCUCGACCAUCCUUUGCCUGGCGGAGCAUUCUUCACGGGCGUGAGCUCUUACAACAAGGUCUACUGAAAUCAAAGGGUGAUGGUGCGGAUACUUUAGUCUGGUGAGAUAAAUGGAUUGUCGAUACAAAACCAAGAACCCCAGAUUAUAGACCAGGAUCAGAGGUUGAUAUUUCUUUGAAGGUUUCUGAUCUUUUGAGCCAACAAACAGGGGCUUGGAAUCGGGAACUGGUCUAUAGCACCUUCAGUCUAAGAGAUGCUGAGACCAUCCUGAAAAUUAAGCCUCAACUUGAUCGCCAAGAUAAGAUGAUUUGGGGUAUGACUAGAAACGGGGAGUAUACCUCAAAAAGUGGAUAUGCCUUGCUGGAGGCGCUAGAGGAGGAGACGACUCAACCCACAUCUAACACGUCGCCACUAGAAAAUAAAUUAUGGACAGACCUGUGGAAGACCAAUACGUCCCCUAAGCUUAAACAUUUCUUGUGGCGUACGUUAUCUGGAGCUCUGGCGGUAAAGGAAAGAUUGAGGUCUCGGGGCAUUCAGUUAGAUACUACUUGUUCUUCGUGUGGAGUUGCUCAGGAAGACAUUGGUCAUGUUCUAUUCCAUUGUCGGUUUGCAAAAGAUGUUUGUGUUAAAAUUUCAGGAGUUGCUGAUUAUGGAAACUUAACGGUAGCAAAUGCUCUUGCCGAUAACGGACGAAUUCAAAAUCAUUGCAGCCAUCUUUCAUGUCUCAAAUGCUCCAUCGAGUGAGUUACAAUUAUUCCUACUUUAUCACAUAUAUAUACAUACUAUAUAUAUCUUGAUACGCUAAAAUUAUUCAAAUAUAUUACAGGUAUGGUUGCAACGUAGCAGAUUAUUUUGCUUGGUCAUUGAUGGACAAUUAUGAAUUUGGAAUUGGUUACACUCUCCAGUUUGGUAUGAAUUGGGUCAAUUUCACUAAUCCUGCGGAUCGAAGAGAAAAAGAUUCUGGGAAAUGGUAUUCUAGGUUCGUCGCAAAAUAAGGGGAAUUGAUAGACAAAAAUCAACCCCAUAUGUAUCCAACCUUUAAUCCAUUAAGUACUGGACAAUAUAAAUUAUUUUCUUCAAAUUAUAAAAGCUUAUGUGCUGUGUGUUGUUAAUAAUGUUGUAAUAAUUGGACCUUAACUCUUGGCCAAAUCAUAAAUAAAUAAAAGCAUUUAUAUGACGUGCUUUGUACUUAUAUCUUGUACUUUGUUUUAUUUACUUUUCCCAAGCAUAACAUCUCAUCAUCUACGACAUGCUCUCUUUUUGUUUUGGUAAAAAUUACGACAUGCUCUUAUUUGAUCAUUACCACAUUUUUUAACAAAAUAGCCAAACCAGGGUAUAAUGUCUAAUUUAAGUGCCAAAUCAUAUCAUUUUGUGUUAUUUUACUCCUCUCAUUUAUUUUCAAUUUUUAGAAAAUAUUAUCUUACCCGACUUUAGCCGAUUUCCAAAUUUCAAGUGAGGUUGAUAUUUCUGGCAUGAAGAUCAUUAGAUAAACGACUACAAUAUUCUUCGGGAAGUACAAUUAAAAACGAAAUCUGAAUUAUGAUCUGAAUAUAUCCAAAAUUAGUUCAAUAUAUUAAUGUUUUAUAUUUGUUAGACGGUUUCAAGGUAAUUUAGAUACUUAUGAGUAUUUUAAAAUUGUAAAUGUUUUUAUAGUUUAUUGUAUUUGUUUUUUAAAUACGUUUUAGUUAGUUUAGGCAGUUGGAGAAUAAUUUAUAUAUUUUGAGUAUUUUAUUUUGUUUUUAAUGUUUUUAAAAUAGUUUUGGCUGAUUUCAGACAUUGGUUAUAUUUCGACCCGAACAUAAUCUGGCGCAAAAAAUAGUAGACCACAGAUGAGAUUUAUGAGUAUAGUACCAAAAAUCUGAAAGUCCGGAUCAGCCGAACCGAAUCCGAUGGGCCUACUGCAAGAUGUUCCAAAUUUGUGAGUAGUGAAAAUGAUCAGAGCGGAUGGCUGAAUCACUAGAUAAUUGAUAAUUCAAACACCCAUGGAGUUUCAAUGCACUUAGUGUUGUCUUUAUGCAUCAUCUAAUUGUCUCCCAUGUAAAAUAGAAAACACAUGCAAGUAUGCAACUUGAUAAAUUGAAGAACCCUGAUUCAGUAUUUACUAAAAUCUCUCAACGAUUCAAUUUAUUGGAGCUCUUGUCUCGUCGUAAACGUUUGGGCUAAAAACAAAUAAUCAAACUGUAAGAAGUUAGUGAGGGUAUUCCAGGUGCUUCCACCUAUGCAGUUUAUUAAAACUGGAAUGGAGAAAUUAUGUUUUUACCUCAUUUUUGUACUAUUUUCAUAUUUACCUUUAUUGGAGGAAUAUUUUUACAAAUAUCUAAAGUAUAAGGUUUCACUAAGUAGGUAAAAGACCCUUAUAUAGAUAUAUAAAGAUAAAUAAAUAAUUUAAAUAAAUAGUAAAAAGAGUAAAAGAAGUUUACAGAUAGUUUUUGAAUUACAUGUCUUUGAAUUUGAUUUUUCUUAAUGUUUUCAAUAUUUUUUCAAAAUUUUAUUUUAAAAUUGAAAAUUUACUUUUGAAAUUAUUUUAAAUUCCAAGUAUGUAUAUAUAUUAUAUCUCUUAACAUGGCUAUGUUAGGCUCUUUAACUAUUGUUGUAACUCACCAUAUGUAUACCAUGCCCCCUUAUCCAUAUCUAGCUACUGAUUAUGCUACACAACUAUCAUUGUUCACACAUCACAUGUGGAUUGGUGGAUUUCUCAUAGUUGGUUCUGCUGCGCGCAUGCAGCCAUUUUUAUGGUAAGAGACUAUGAUCAAACUAAUCGAUACAACGAUUUAUUAGAUCGUGUCCUGAGGCAUCGCGAUGCAAUGAUAUCACACCUCAACUGGGAAUGUAUAUUUAUAGUCUUCCACAGUUUUGGUUUGUAUAUAGGGUUCUAAACCAGUGCACCCUAAUUAACAAACAAGCCCUUUCGCACUCCUUAGUUAAGCCUAAACAUAUUAAAAACGAAAGUGCUAACGCGUCUUUAUAAUAUUCAAAAAACUUUCGCCUUUAUUGAUAUAAAACAAGCUUACUUACUGGCAACAAUCACCCUUUUUUUUCUCAAAGUCAAGUUUCUCGCUUGUUUCUUUAGAAAGAUUGCAGUCUUAGCAAAACAACUUAUCCCUUUAUACGAAUCUUCCCUUUAUUGAGCAAAACUCUAUCUAUAUUUCUUCCCGGGAUAUUUUCUAUAAUUUCAAUUCUAUCAUUUGUUUGACAGCUUAAACUAGGCUUCAUUUUAGAUAGGUUUUCGGUCUUAAUCAAAAUCGGUCAGGGGAGUUGGGUUCCAGGUGAGUGAGACAGGGAUGAGCUCUCUGCCGGAUUGAGAAGGGCAAUGCAAUACAUUUUCUUACAACCAGAGGAGCAAAGCCUG